AUGCCUAUCUCUAUCCCCACCGCCUCGUCUCUCACCGACCUGUUCAGCCUAAAAGGCAAGGUCGUCGUGGUGACGGGCGCGUCUGGUCCUCGCGGCAUGGGCAUCGAAGCUGCCCGUGGAUGCGCCGAGAUGGGUGCCAACGUGGCCAUCACGUACUCGUCGCGUCCGGCCGGAGGCGAGAAGAACGCCGCCGAGCUGGCCGCGACGUACGGCGUCAAGGCCAAGGCGUACAAAUGCAACGUGUCGGACUGGGCGGACGUGCAGAAGCUGGUGCACGACGUGAUUGCCGACUUUGGGCAGAUCGACGGCUUCAUCGCCAACGCCGGCCGAACGGCCGACAGUGGCAUCCUCGAGGGAUCCGUCGAGGCCUGGGAAGAAGUCAUCCAGACCGAUCUGAACGGAACGUUCCACUGUGCCAAAGCCGUGGGCGAGCAUUUCCGCCAGCGCGGCAAGGGCAGCUUCGUCAUCACCUCCAGCAUGUCGGGUCACAUCGCCAACUUCCCGCAGGAGCAGACUUCGUACAACGUCGCCAAGGCAGGGUGUAUCCAUAUGGCACGCUCGCUGGCGAACGAGUGGCGCGAUUUCGCCCGCGUCAACUCCAUCUCCCCGGGCUACAUCGAUACGGGCCUGUCGGACUUUGUGGCCCAGGAGACGCAGGACUUGUGGAAGUCGAUGAUCCCGAUGGGGCGCAAUGGCGACGCCAAGGAACUCAAGGGGGCCUAUGUCUAUCUGAUUAGCGAUGCCAGUUCGUACAUGACCGGAGCCGAUCUUCUUAUUGACGGAGGAUAUUGUGUGCGGUAG